AUGUCCAGCACAUCAAGCGUCGUGACAUCAUCCUGAAGCGGGAGCUAGGGGAGGGGGCCUUUGGGAAGGUCUUCCUGGCUGAGUGCUACAACUUGAGCCCAACCAAGGACAAGAUGCUGGUGGCUGUCAAGACCCUGAAGGACCCCACCCUGGCGGCCAGGAAGGACUUCCAGAGGGAGGCGGAGCUCCUUACCAACCUGCAGCACGAGCACAUCGUCAAGUUCUACGGCGUGUGUGUGGACGGCGACCCGCUCAUCAUGGUGUUUGAGUACAUGAAGCACGGAGACCUCAACAAGUUCCUGAGAGCCCACGGGCCAGACGCCUUGAUCCUGGUUGACGGACAGCCCCUGCAGACCAAUGGGGAGCUGGGCCUGUCGCAGAUGCUGCACAUCGCUAGCCAGAUUGCGGCGGGGAUGAUGUACCUGUCGUCCCAGCACUUUGUGCACAGAGACCUGGCCACCAGGAACUGUCUGGUGGGGAACGGCCUGCUGGUGAAGAUCGGAGACUUCGGGAUGUCCAGGGACAUCUACAGCACGGACUACUACCGGGUGAGGAGCUACACUGUCGGAGGUCACACCAUGCUGCCCAUCCGCUGGAUGCCUCCUGAGAGCAUCAUGUAUAGGAAGUUCACCACGGAGAGCGAUGUGUGGAGCUUUGGGGUGAUUCUGUGGGAAAUCUUCACCUACGGCAAACAGCCCUGGUUCCAGCUGGCCAAUAACGAGGUGAUAGAGUGUAUCACCCAAGGCCGUGUGCUGGAGAGACCCCGCGUGUGUCCUAAGGAGGUUUAUGACAUGAUGCUAGGCUGCUGGCUGAGAGAGCCCCAGCAGAGGCUAAACAUCAAGGACAUACAGAAAAUACUCUUCGCCUUGAGCAAAGCUACGCCAGUCUAUCUGGACAUCCUCGGCUAGCCGCCAGCCUGGCUGAAGGCACGCUAGCCUGUUAGCGUGCUAGGGUG